AUGACGAAGGUAACGCGGAAAGUCGGGAAGUAUGAGGUCGGCCGGACAAUCGGCGAAGGGAAUUUCGCCAAGGUCAAGUUUGCUCGGAACCAGGAGACUGGUGAAAGCGUCGCCAUUAAAGUGAUGGCCAAAUCCACCAUUCUCAAAAACAAAAUGGCUGAUCAGAUUAAAAGAGAGAUAUCGAUCAUGAAGAUUGUCAGACAUCCUAAUAUUGUUAGGUUGCAUGAGGUUUUGGCAGGUCGGACGAAGAUAUAUAUCAUUCUUGAGUUCGUUACUGGAGGAGAACUGUUUGAUAGAAUUGUCCACCAAGGAAGGCUUAAAGAGCACGAGGCAAGACGAUACUUUCAACAACUUAUAGAUGCAGUGGACCACUGUCAUAGUAAGGGUGUGUACCACAGAGAUCUUAAGCCUGAAAACCUUCUUCUUGAUGCUGCCGGGAAUUUGAAGGUCUCUGACUUUGGAUUGAGUGCGUUGCCUCAGGAUGGUGUUGAUAUUCUCCAUACUACCUGUGGUACACCGAAUUAUGUUGCCCCGGAGGUGCUCAGCCACCAAGGUUAUGAUGGGGCAGCUGCCGACAUAUGGUCAUGUGGAGUAAUCCUCUAUGUUCUGAUGGCUGGAUAUCUUCCAUUUGAUGAGACAGACCUUCCAACUUUGUUCAAGAAGAUAAAUGCUGCAGAAUUCACUUGUCCUUUUUGGUUUUCUCCAGAUGCAAAGGCCCUGAUAGAUAAGAUACUUACUCCCAAUCCGAAAAAACGCAUAAGGAUAAAGGGAAUUAGAAGAGAUCCAUGGUUUCGGAGGAACUACGUGCCUGUGAAACACACUGAAGAAGUGGAAGUGAAUCUGGAUGAUAUUCGUGCAGUCUUCGAUGACAUCGAGGACCAAUAUGUAGCAGAGAAAUCAGAAUGCAGUGACACUGGACCAUUAAUAAUGAAUGCCUUUGAAAUGAUUACCCUUUCCCAGGGGCUAAAUCUAUCAGCACUGUUUGACAGACACCAGGACUAUAUAAAGAGGCAAACUCGUUUUGUAUCCCGUAGACCAGCAAAGGAUAUAAUCUCAACAGUCGAAGCAGUUGCUGUCUCAUUCGGCCUCAAGGUUCAUACGCGUGGUUACAAGAUGAGGCUUGAAGGAAUGUCAGCGAAUAAGACUGGUCAUUUAGCAGUGGUGUUGGAGGUUUACGAAGUCGCACCUUCACUGUUCAUGGUAGACGUAAGGAAGGCAUCAGGGGAGACUCUCGAGUAUCACAAGUUCUACAAGAACUUCUGUGCAAAGCUCGACGAUAUCAUAUGGAAGCCAGCAGAAGGAGCAAACUCAGGCCUGCUUCGAACGAUGACUUGCUGA